UACUGCCAUCUGGGGAGUAUCUUUAAUAAUUGCGUUAUAGAACCUCUGUAGAUUAACCGUGUUACACAUUACAUUUACAUGUUGUUUUGUUAUUCUUUUUGUUAUAAGUUCUGCUAGGAAACUGUCAGCUGGUGUGGUAUUCAGCAAUGAAAGGAAGCUAGAAUGGAAUUUUUUACAAUUAAAUAUUGUUAAAAUGUUCAAUAUUUGAUUUAAAAACACUAUGUUGUGCCUUGUGAGACAAGCUGAUUCUGUGAUACUUGAAGUCGAGAUAGAUUCCAAAGCAAAAGGAAAACAAUGCCUUGAUAAAGUUUGUGAAGUUCUAGGUAUAAUUGAAUCUGAUUACAUGGGUUUGCAAUAUGCUGGUCCACAUGGAGAAAAGUUGUGGUUAAAUUUGCGUAACCAACUAAGAAAGCAAUUGCCUGGGCCUCCACCAUAUCGACUUGAUCUAAGAGUUAAAUUUUUUGUUCCUCCCCAUCUAAUUCUACAAGAUGUAACACGGUAUGUAUAUGUUUCUAUUGAAUCUGAUCGAACUGCUAUCACUCAAAUAUGUCAAGAUGUUUUAAAAGAACAUAUCCUGCUCAGAGGUAUAAAAACAAAUGCUGCAAUCUAUGAAUUUUUAAAAGAAGUUUCUGAAAUUGACGAUUUUGGUAUGGAGCAAUAUUUUGUGAAAAACCGAAAUGGGGAGACUUUUAGAAUUGGUGUUGGGCCUACAGGAAUUCUCAUUCAUGAUCUCAACCUUCGUUUAAAACACAACAUCACCUAUGCAUCCAUUCAUCUAGCCACGCAUUCAGGUCGUUGUUUCUUCCUGACCUUCCUGAACCAUUCUGGAGAAUCACAGCCUCUUGGUUUCAAGCUCGAAAACUGUCAUUCGGCAAGUGCCCUGUACCGAGCUGUUACUGAAAAGCAUGCUUUCUACAGCUGUGAAACAGUGCGUAAUGCUGUUACUUCACAGUACAUUAGAGACCUUAAGGGAACGAUCGCGUCCUUAUUUAAUGAGAACACUGCCUUGGGAAAGAACUAUGUGUUUGAUAUUCAAAGAACUUGUAGAGAAGUGUAUGACCAUACUAGAAGAGUCAUGUAUCAGGUGGAAGAUAUUUGCAAUAAAAAGACUAUGAAUCCAUCAAAAACACGCUCAAUGGACGAGCUGAAUAACUUGAAGGAAAAAGAUUGCCAAUCUGCGUCUUGUAAGUUGGUGCAAGAACAACUCGCCACAUUUCAAGAUUCUAUGCUUUGUCGUGUGUGUAUGGAUUUGGACAUUAGUACAGUGUUUUUCCCAUGUCGUCAUGUUGCAUGCUGCAGUACUUGUGCUCCCCUCUGUUUGAGUUGCCCACUAUGCAGAAGCACCAUUACAGAAACACAACACGUUUAUCUUCCUUAUACGGGCAGGAAAACUUCGAAAAUAGAAGAAAAUGUGUGAUUUUAUCAAAAAUAGUCUUUUAAUUAUAAACUAAUAAAUAAAAAAUAGAGCUUUAUGCUAUUUAUAUCAAAUUAUAUUCUCAAAUUUGUUGUUCAUGAUCUUGUGUUCAGUGAGAGACAGAAAAGGAAUUCAUUUUUCCUAGUACAAUUAUUUAUUAUAUUUAUUUCACAUAAACUUAUAGUCUAAGCCAUAUAAAACUGUUUUAUUUUGUGAAUGUGAGAAGACUUUCACCCUAUGUUAGAGUGAAUUAUUGACUGGAGAUUGUUUGUGCUUUGUAGCAUCGUUAAUCUUUGAUGCUACAAGCAUAAAUAAUCUAUGUGAGAAUUUGAUUUUUUUUAAAUUCAUAAUUAUGAGUAAAAUAUUUGACCUGUACAAAAUCUGGCAAUUCACUAAUUAUUGUUUCACAUGCUAGUGUGAAGGAAAAAAAAUCUUUUAAGGGAGGCAAUCAAGAGUUUCUCAAUGAAUUAUUUAUUUUUUUGACGAAGUUAAUUAACUUUGGUGGACAAAAACAUUUGUUCGAAAACAAUUAUACUUAAUUUAAACAUUGUAUUAAGUUUUUAUUCCGUACAGAUUAAAUUGUCUUUUUAAGCUUAGUAAUUUCUUUAAUUCUUUUCUAAUAUAUUUUUAGCAAAUGAAAAUUUUUUAUUAUUUGGAAAGAUAUUUCUUAAAAUAAUAUUGUCAUAAACAGCUAAUCAAAUUCGAUAAUUCAAUUCAUUGAAAGUGAACAUUCAUACUUGUAUCAAACAAGAACAAGAUUUGAUUUUAGUAUUCAAAUUUUUUUGCUAAAUGUAACAAAAUUGUGUUUAUUGAUUAGAUUUUGAAGGGUCAUUUACCUUAUAGACCCUUGAGAAUUUUUACCAUUUACCUUAAAUGUCUAUGAAAUUUAUAAUUAUAUGCAUUUGACUAACAUUUGUUAAAGUUAGAUUUUGUUAAUGUCUCUUUUAACACCCCAAGUUUAUUUUUCUACCAAUCAGUAAAAUCCAAAAAUGAAAAAUAGUAAGAAUAAUAUCAGUUCUAUAUAAGUUAUUAAUAUAUUUUUCACUGUUAAAAUUUAUUAACUGGUAAAAAAGCUGGACUAGUAGGUUUAUUUAAACUGUACUUAAUGAAUAAUAUUCUUCAUGUGUAUUUAUUUUUCUGGUAUCAUGUUAAUCUUAUUCCCAAAGUUUGGAGAAUGGAAUUGUGAACAUUAUGUGAAAAAUUGAAUUUUUUAAAGUUGCAAAUUACAUUCUGUUGAAUUUGUUAGUUGAUUAUAAAAUUGAUUUCUUACCAUUUAUAUUAAUUUACAUUACACAUAAAAAAUUAUUCUAACUUUUAUGUUUUUAACUUUUAAUAUUACAUCUAUUCAUUAUAGUUUUUCACAAUAUUGCAUAUAAAUUUGACUAGAAAAACUUUAGAAUUGUUAGUGUAAAUUCGCAAAUAUCUUACAUGGUUUGUACAUAUAGUAUCCUAAAAUUAGAUUCUUUUAACAUAUAGAAUAUUUUUGCUAUUCAGUGUAUUUGAGUCAAAUGUAGAAUGGUGACUGAACAUUGAAGUUAUAAUCAGUGAACAGCAUUCUAAAUCAUCCGCACAAUUUUAAAUGUAGUCUUUUAGUCUUUAAUUAUCAUCAUCCAUAAUUAAUACAUUUUUAUGUCAUAUUUUUUAAAAUUAUAAGUAUUUGAAUCAUUGCAAAAAAAAAAAAGCUUAAGUAUUAAACAAACAAAAAAUUAUAAUUUGAAUUUUAUUAAGUAACCAAUUUAUAACCUGAAUAUAGAUAAAAGAUUUUAAAUAAUUGUAAAAAUAACAAAAAUUAUAUAAAUUUGCACUUGAAACUUCCAGAAUUUUCUUUUUAAUUAAAACAAUAUGUUACGUUGAAAUAAUAAACUAACACUGCUAAUUAAUAUAAUUCUAGAUUUAACUUACAUUAUAUUUUAAAAACUUAAAUUCAUUAAACUAAUUUAUGGUUUAGGAUAACAAUCUAAGAUAUAAAAUGCACAUAUAUAAAAAAUUAUUUUUGUGUUGCUCAUUUUUGUAAUAUAUAUUUUCUUGUUAAGUUCUAACUAACAAAUUCAUUUAACUAUUUAGUGACAUUUUUACUUUUAAUCGGAAUAUAGUAAAUAAUGUGUGUAUGCUAGUGUCUGAAAUAUAUAUCAGUAUUUUUAUCUGCACAGACUGGAAUAUUUGUGAAGUAAAUAAAUUUCAAAUUUUUUUAUA